AUGAGCCUUCAUCCAAAACAGAUGUCGGAACAAGACACAGACCUGAAGGAAACCGAGGCAACCGACAUAGAGCGUACAGCCACUUCAGGUACUGAAAAACAUGGAAGCACAGUGGUUCUCUCAGUUGGCGGGGAUGCUGGUUACCAUCGGUCACUAACGAGGCGGCAAAUUAUGAUGAUGACCUUUGGGGCAGGUAUUGGAACUGGGUUGUGGGUAGGAACCGGACAAGCUUUGCAUUAUGCCGGCCCUGCUGGCACAGCUCUUACCUACACUAUCACUGCAAUGAUUGUUUACGCCCAAUACUCUUCCGUUGGCGAAAUGACUACAUACAAGCCUAUCCAUGGUGGAUUCAUUCGGCAAUGCGCUGAAUACGUGGACCCGGCUUUUGGUUUUGCAAUUGGCGUCAAUUUUUGGUUCGCGUGGGUGAUGAUUAUACCAGCAGAAAUAACAGCUGCCAUAUCUGUCUUAAAGUACUGGCCAGAGACCGACGUGGUGCCACUCGCGGCCUACAUUACCAUCUUCCUCGCCGUGAUAGCGUGUGCCAACAUGUUUCACGUUCGAGUGUAUGGCUAUAUCGAAUAUUAUAUGUCGUUUGUGAAAUGUCUCGCGGUUGUUUUGAUGAUUUUCUUUAUGUUCAUCAUGACCUCAGGAGGAAUUCCCGCCACCAGCGGCCCAAUUGAGUUCAGGUACUGGAAGAAUCCCGGAGCGUUCAACAAUGGAAUCAAAGGCAUUGCUAAGGCCUUUGUGCAAGCAGCGUUCAGCUUUGGUGGCGGUGAACAUAUCGCUGUGAUAGCCGGUGAAGUCAAAGAUCCCCGGAAAACCAUCAAGAAGACUGUUCGUCCAAUUUUCUGGAGAAUGUUCACUUUUUUCGUGGUCAAUAUCUGGCUUGUUGGAAUGUGUGUGCCCUCCGAUGACACCGAUCUUGUGAAUGCAAGUGGAACUAUGGGCAGUCCCUUUGUCAUCGCCAUUAAACGUGCAGAUGUAUAUGGUCUCGCACAUGCAAUCAACGGCUUUAUCUUCCUCAGUGUCAUUAGCUGUGGUAUCACUAGUGCUUAUAUCGCAAGCCGAAGUCUGACAGCACUUUCUGAUCUGCAGAUUAUCCACCCCUUCUUCGGCAAGAAAGACUCCCAAGGGAGGCCCUAUGUGUCGCUCAUUAUUAGCUUGGGCCUUGGUGGUGGGCUUUGCUAUCUCAACACCAACAGUAUUGGUACCUUGGUCUAUGGCUGGUUUUCUGCCUUGGUGGCGAUUGCAACACUCUUCCAAUGGGCGUCAAUCUACAUAGCCCACCUUCGAUUCCGACAAGGACUUCGGGCUCAAGGCAAGGAUCUUAGAAAGCUUCCUUUCAAAGGGCUUCUCACACCAUACGCACAGUACUUCGGCCUAGUGAUUGUACUUUUUGUUUUUGGUUGUGAGUUUUACCUGGCUUGCUGGCCUUUUGGGGAAAAGGGCUCCGUCAAGAGCUUCUUUUCCUCUUAUCUCGCCGCCCCCUUGUUCGUUUUCGAUUAUUUCGUGUACAAGUGGUAUUACAAAACAAAAAUUGUCAAACCAAUUGACAUGGACUUCGGUCCCGCCAGGCCCUUCGAUGAACAGGAUCUCAUCAACGCCAUUGCUUCUGAAAACAUGCCACAGGAUCCGGAGGGAAAUGACAAACAGCGGUGGUUUAAGCGCGCCCAGUACAUGAUCUUUGGAUAG